AUGAUCGACGACCUUUUACUUGAUCCCCAGCUUAAGUACUGGAUGUUGCUCCCCAUCACGGUUGCCAUGGUGCUCGUGGGGUUGUUGAGAGCUAAUGUGACCUACCUUCUUACCUCCAAACCCAAAAUUGAACCUGUGAAGAAUGCAAGAGAAAAAUCUUUUUUGAAAAGAGCUGCUGCCUUCAGACAGAACUACGCGGUGUUGAAUGCCGAAGAGUUCAAAACAAGAAAAGCCUACUACUUGGAGAAGCUCAAGAGCGACGAGUUCCUCGCAAAGAAAGAUGACAUAGAAGAUAUCAAAAACCCUUUGGCCGACGGCUCUUUCAACGACGCCUUGAUGAACAUGGCUAAGGGUAACAUGAUGAACUUUAUCCCUCAAACGUUGAUCAUGGCGUGGGUGAACUUCUUCUUCGCGGGCUCCGUGGUGAUGAAACUCCCCUUUUCACUCACAGAGGGCUUUAAAAGCAUGUUGCAAAGCGGCGUCAACACUCCAGACUUGAGUGUUCGUUACGUGUCUGCUAUCUCAUGGUACUUCGUGAACUUGCUUGGUCUCAAGCCCGUCUACUCGAUUCUCAUGAAUGACCCUCAGUCGGCUCAGGCUUUAGUCAACCAACAGCAGAACCAGCAGAUGAUGCCUAAUUUGGGAGCUCCCGGUGGCCCAAAACCGGAGCAGGUAUUCAAGGCUGAGGGCGAAAGCAUUCAGAUUUUGCUGCAUGAAUCGGUCUACGACGGCAUUGCUGCUAGGGUUUUGAACAACUACUAG